AUGGCUUGUUUUUAUGCAGAGGAGAUGUGUCACCAAAUAUUUGUCAAAAAAUUGCGUGUCAAUAGCUGCUUUUUGAGCUACAAUGUGUUAAGGUGGAACCAUUUUGUUCAACUUGGAAAAUCAACUGUGGCUGCAAAGGAAAAUGAUUGUUCGGGGAAAAAGUUUGCUACUAAAGAAGCCAAUUUUUUAUCACUUGAGAGAGUUUAUUCACUUGGGCAGUGCACUCCGGAUCUGUCUGAAUCUUCUUGUGAUAAUUGUCUGAGAGUUGCUAUUGGGAAUUUACCGAUUGAUGGCAAGAAAGGCGGUAGAGUUAUCUUCUCAAGCUGCAAUGUUCGUUAUGAGAUGUACCCUUUUUAUAACAUUACUGUUGUCGCGCCACCACCUCCACCACCAGUUCUUUGUUCUCCUCCUCCUCUUUCUGUGUCCAAUUCUACAAGCAGCGAUAGAGGAAAAGGGGGAACUUCAUCUGGUGUAAUCGCUGCAAUAGUCGUUCCAAUUGUUGUUUCAAUGCUACUCUUCAUAUUUGGUUUCUGGAAUGAUGUUCAACUGAUCACCCUUCUCGGAGUUAUGAAAUUUCAACAGCUGAAUCCUCGCAAUAUGAACACUAUUGGAGCUGCCAGAACUAACUUCUCAACCGACAACAAAAUUAGUGAAGGCGGAUUUGGUGCUGUCUACAAGGGUAAACUUCCUAAUGGACAAGAGAUAGAUGUGAAGAGGCUAACGAGAAGUUCAGGACAACGCAUAGAAGAAUUUAAGAAUGAGAUCGUAUUGAUCGCCAAUCUUCAGCACAAAAAUUUAGUGAGACUACUGGGAUAUUGCUUUGAAGAAGAGGAAAACGAAGUGGUGUCAAUUGACUCCCACCGGACAAGGGUAGCUCCAUCCUUUCUUGGACUGCUCGCAUAG